AUGUCGGACGAAAUUGUUUGGAAUGUGAUCAACCAGCAGUUUUGCUCUUACAAACUCAAAACCACCAAAGGCCAAAACUUCUGCCGCAAUGAAUACAACGUCUCAGGCCUCUGCAACCGGCAAUCCUGUCCGCUCGCCAACUCGCGCUACGCAACCGUCCGCUCGGACCCCGAGACUGGCGCAAUGUACCUGUACAUGAAGACGAUUGAGCGCGCCCACAUGCCCAGCAAAUGGUGGGAGCGGAUACGGCUCCCGUCAAACUACGCCAAAGCUCUGGAGAUGCUGGACGAGCGGCUGAUCUACUGGCCCAAGUUCCUGGUGCACAAGUGCAAGCAGCGCCUCACGCGGCUGACGCAGGUGAACAUCCGUAUGAAGAACAUUGCGAAGGAGGACGAGAGGCUGGGCGAGCGGGUUGUGCCAAAGUUGGCGCCCAAGGUCCGCCGGCGCGAGGCCACGAGGGAGCGUAAGGCGGAGUCGGCGGCGAAGGUUGAGAGGGCUAUUGAGCGCGAGCUCAUUGAGAGACUGAGGUCUGGAGCUUAUGGGGAUAGGCCGCUUAAUGUUGAGGAGGGGAUCUGGAAGAAGGUGCUGCGUGGCUUGGAGAGGGGAGGGGAGGGUGAGCGAGACGAGGAUCUUGACGAUGGGGAGUUGCUUGAGGAUGAGGAAGAAGAGGAGGGUGUUGGGGAGGUGGAGUAUGUCAGUGAUGUUGACGAGGAUGAGGAUCUGGAGGAUAUUGAGGAUUGGCUUGGUGGUGAAUCGGCUGAUUCGAGUGAUGAGAGCGAUGACGAGAGCGACGAGGACAGCGAGGAUGAGCCCAGUGAGGACGAGAAGCCCAAGCCCAAGCCUAGCGCGAAACGCAAGGCUACUGCUCCUCAGCCUAAGCCUCGCAAGAAGGGGCCUCGCAUUGAAAUCGAGUACGAGACCGAGGGUGCUGGCAAGGAACACCUUAUGGCAUGA